CUCGUGGACGAGUUAAAACGGAAAAGGACAUGUUUACUUGUUCAGCCUCUCUCUCUCUCUCUCUCUCUCUCUUCUCUUCGUCAGGAGAGGUUUAGUCUCUCUCUCCCUCCCUCCAUGGAAACAUAGGAGUCUCUGAGUCUCUUUUCCAUGUUUAAAGUCUUUUCCCAUCGGUUCCUCUGAACCUCACUCUCUGUUUGCCCUAAAACCCUUAUUUGGUUAUCGCAGUUUAUCCUUCUUAGUUCCCGCCUUCUCUCCCUCUAAAACCCAUCUCAAAGAAUUGCAGCUCUAAUUCUUGGACCCAUCUCUCUCUCUCUAAUGAGCCCAUCCUAGAACCCAAAAAGGCCCUAAAAUGGAAGAACCAGAAGGGGGCCUCAGCUUCGACUUUGAGGGUGGCCUUGAAACAACCAACAAUCCAAACCCAACCGCAAUAUCUCUCAUCCAAAAUGAUCCAAACGCCCCAAUUUCUAGCAAUUCAGUUGCCGGAAACCUUCCUGAUCCGGCCGCCAUGAACCUGCAAGGUCGCAGGAGUUUCCGGCAAACAGUUUGCAGGCAUUGGCUCAGGAGCCUUUGCAUGAAGGGAGAUGCUUGUGGGUUUUUGCACCAAUACGAUAAGUCUCGAAUGCCAGUUUGCCGAUUCUUCAGGCUCUAUGGAGAGUGCAGAGAGCAAGACUGCGUUUAUAAGCACACAAAUGAAGAUAUCAAAGAGUGUAACAUGUACAAGUUGGGUUUCUGUCCAAAUGGUCCUGAUUGUCGAUAUAGGCAUGCAAAGCUGCCUGGGCCUCCACCUCCUGUAGAAGAGAUUUUUCAGAAGAUUCAACAACUGAGUUCCUCAUUCAACCAGGGGUCUUCAAACAGGUUUUUUCAACACAGGAACACUGGUUAUGUUCCACAAGUAGACAAGAAUCAAAUGCAACAGGGUUCAGCUGUAGUUAAUCAGGGUGCAGCCUUGAAACCAUCUGCAACUGUAGACUCCUCUGGUUCUCAACAGCAGCAGCAACAGAUUCAGCAACCCCAACAAAAUGCAAGCCCAAAUCAAAUGCAAAGCAUGCCAAAUGGUUUAUUAAAUCCAAUUAACAGAGUUUCUGCUGCAUCUCCCCUUCCUCAAGGACAAUCUAGAUAUUUUAUCGUGAAAAGUUGCAACCGUGAGAAUCUGGAGCUCUCCGUGCAGAAAGGAAUAUGGGCAACGCAGAGAAGCAACGAGUCAAAACUAAAUGAAGCUUUUGAUUCCUCUGAGAAUGUAGUAUUGAUAUUUUCGAUCAACCGGACUCGCCAUUUCCAGGGGUGCGCAAAGAUGACAUCUAAAAUUGGUGGAUAUGUUGGUGGUGGGGGAUGGAAAUAUGCACAUGGAACUGCUCAUUAUGGCCGCAAUUUCUCCCUGAAAUGGUUGAAGCUAUGUGAAUUGUCCUUCCAUAAAACCCGCCAUUUGAGGAAUCCAUACAAUGAGAAUUUGCCUGUGAAGAUUAGCCGUGACUGCCAAGAGCUAGAGCCUUCUAUUGGUGAGCAGUUGGCUUCAUUGCUGUAUCUCGAGCCAGACAGUGAACUUAUGGCAAUCGCGGUCGCUGCCAAGUCAAAACGUGAGGAGGAGAGGGCCAAAGGGGUGAGCCCGGGAGGUGGUGACGGCUCUGAGAACCCCGAGAUCGUCCCUUUUGAGGACAACGACGAUGAUGAAGAAGAAGAGGAAGAGACCGAUGACGAUGAUGAUGGGUCAUCAAGCCAACCCCUAAACGUGGGUCCUGGCGCCCGUGGUUCCAGGGCAAGGCCCAUGUGGGCUCCACAAAUUCCCUUCGCACGAGGCGGGGUCCGCCCCAUGCCCCCAGGCCUCAGGCCCUUCUCCCCUAUGAUGCUUGGGGGCCCCGAGGCCUUCACAUAUGGUGCAGGACCCCCCGAUGUAUACAGAGGUUUUCCCCCGUAUGUUGCCCCGAGGUUCUCAGGUGACUUCUCAGCACUUGGGCCUGCUCCCGGCAUUGGUUAUAUUGAUGCAGCGGGGCCCACAGGGGCAGGGCUCAUGUUCCGGGCCCCACCUGCUGGGGCCAUGUUUCCUGGUGCUGCCCCUGGACUUGGCAUGAUGAUGAGCUCCACUAGGGGACCUGCAUUUAUGGGUGGCAUGGGGAUAGCUGGUAGGCCUAGUAGGCCAGGGCCAGUGCCUUUUCGACCAGUUUUACCCAAUGUGAAUGGGUUUGGAAGAGGAAGGAGGGAUCAGAGGAAGACAGAGAGUGGUGGGGGUGGGGAACAGGGGAAGGAGGGGAUGGGCCCUGAUGGUGUAGGCAGUGGAGGGGAUGAGAUGAGGGCUGGAGGACCCAUGAGGCCAUAUGGGAAUGAUGAAAGCGAGAGCGAGGAUGAGGCCCCGAGGAGGUCGAGGCAUGGAGAGGGGAGGAAGAAGAGGAGGGAGCCUGAUGGUGAGGGCGAGGCAUCGGACCAUUGGGAGAUGCCCCUUUCAGAGCAACAAAACCAAUGAGACCUCUAACAAUUAGUAGCUCCUAUCGUUAAGAGACACAAGACCAUUGAGGCCCCUAACCAUUUGUAGCUCCAAUUACUACAGCCAUUGAACCGAUGGGGCUUUUGACUUCUAAGAGCUUUGUGAGAGCACAAGGAAAUACUCUUGCCUUAGAUCAACCUUUUUAUCCUUGCAAAAAAACAGGAAAAGUUAAAUGAUCGAUGAGGCCCUCUACUACUUGGAGCUCCCAAUGUCGGAGUCACAGAACCAAUGGGACUGCGGCUACGCGAUAUCGUAUCCUAUGAGUGCUUGGACAUGGCCAUAAAUAUCAAGAUUCGUGAUGUUUGUUUUGUAAUUUUAACCAUGGCACUUGUUUUCCUGUAUCUGUGUGCCAUUGCUGCUAAUGUCACCAUUUCCAAUCAACAAUGGGAUCAUGAGCCUGCUGAGUCCUUAUCUUGACUGGUGUCUCUCUUUGAUAAACUGAGAACUAUUUAGUUACUUGGAUUUGGGAAUUGUUACAAACGGUUUGUACUUUAUACGGAUGUUAUCAAAUCCGCUUUAGAGAGCUCUUUA